AGCGGACGGCAUACCUUCGCAUAGGCCGAUCUCUCGUCUCGGGACGUUCUGCUUCUUCUCUCAGUCUCAACGAUAUCGCGCUCCAUUUCUCAAGAGGAAAAGAGCCUCUCGUACAGGAAUCGCAAAAAAGGAGUACCGCACGGAGAGACGAUUGAUCCAACGAGCACGGACGGACACAAGAUUUUUCGAGGGACGAUCGGCGACUCGGUGAGAGUGCGCGAGUGCGAUACGCUCUAUCGAACGCCCCGGAGGCCCCGUUCCCUCCCGUCCCCUUCCCCACCUCCUUCCUCCAAGAUCGGCCGAUCAGGAUCGCUCUUUCGCAUCUCUAGAAUCGCGAGAAAAGGGAGAUAAAAGGAGAUCGGGGAUCGUGGUAAACAGAGACACGUGACGUUUCUGGCUUUCGCGACUGAAGGAAAAAAAAAAGAUCGUAAGAUCUUAAAUUCGAGAAAGAGGCUUAACCGUACGGUAAACGAAUUGGAUUUCGUGCGAGAUAUCGUCGGGACCUGUGGAAUCGAAAAAAAGUACGUUGUCGAUCGAUCACAUCCGCGGGACGAAGAUCAUCGCAAAGCCUUUUCGUCAUCGACGAUCGAUCAAUGAGAAGACUCGCGUUUGUAAUAUUCACGAAGAUGGACUUCAAGUAGCAGUAGCGGACGAUCAAGCGAGCCUCCGAGUUCUUCUCGAUCCGCGUUGUAUUUCUGCUAUGAGUACUCCCUGAGUAUUCCUCCUCCCGCUCGUUCUGAACGCCUUGUCGCGCAAAUAAGAAGGUGAACGUAUCGAAACCCCCCCUUCCAUUCUUUUUAUCGCAUCCCCCCCACCGUGGAGUAAAACACCUAACGCAGCAAACGUUCCCUCCGGAGAGAGAGAGAGAAAGAGAGAGACACACACAAACAGGCAACCGCCGAUUCUCUCGACCGGGAUUCUUUAUCGGGAAGAACUUCGCCGUGCUUAUCCUUACACUGCGACACGAUGACCGGCAAAUUAAUACGGCACCUGCUGUACACCCUACUGGCGAUCGUCGGGGUCGUCCGACGGAGCAGAUGCGAGGUGUUCGAUCUGCCGCUGCGAGUCGAGCACGACGAGUACGUCAAGGAGUAUUUCUUCUUCGACGAGAGCAAGUACCACGCCGAGCUCCAGGAAUUCGACGACACAACGAUUGAGAUCGAUCUACUCAAUCGUAACCGGAAGCACAGGCUAACGCACGAGGAGCCGCCCAGGCCGCUCAGGCCGCCCAGGGUGCUAUAUCAAGUCGGGAACAGCGAGAAGGAGUUACCGGAGUGCGCGGACCGGAGCGAGGUAUGUAGCAAGGUGGAUUUAUAUAAUGACCCGUGGAUCGAGAGACAAUGUCGUUGCCCGAACGGCCGUGCCUGUCCCAGCGGUGUUUACGAGGACGAGGGGCAAACGAUCGUCGAUAAAACGCGCCGCUACAAGCUCUGCGAGCCCGUGAAACGACUUCCCAUCUGUCAUUACUUCAAGGACAUUACAUGGACACUGGCACCUGGAGGUGGCCCGGCGAACGCGACGGUGCAACGAGUCCAUUGUCGAUGUCGGCCAAAUAGCGUGCCAUACCUAGUACGUAGGCAACCCCACAGAUCGCCGGACGGAAAUCAGGGCUUCAUCUACGCCUUCGCCUGUUCUCCGCAAAGCAAAAUACGAUGCCAGCACAAGGAGCCCUGCCGCCUGUUCACCGUGCGCAAGAGACGUAACUCGCAGCUCGAGGAGGUGAACGCCUCGCCGCUCUGCCAGUGCCCCCGUGGCUACAAGUGCCCGGAGAGGCACACGGACGACGGCUCCUCGCCGGCGCGAUCCUACACCGGUAUCCUGGAGAUCAAGACUUACAGCGGCUACUGCAUACCGAACCCGCACUACAGCUACGACAAAAUGACCUACGGCAUCUGAGGGGAUACCGCGUAGCGCGCGCAUUUAGAUACGCCACCACCAGUUCUCGCUGCAGCGACGUAUCCAGGAUGUGUCUGCCGAAACGCAAAUCCGAGCUUCAACGGACCACUCAUACUUUUACCCAUACUUCCCCCUUCCUCCCCUCCGUAAAAAGAAAAAACGGUUGGUUCCCGAAAAUCAUGGCGGAUCCUUCCGCCCGUCUUUUCAAGCGCGCAACAAUUGGCCAUUUGGUACCUGCCGAUUGUCGAAACGUUGCCGUAAAAUCGCACAGAGGCGGCCGGCUUCCAAUUCCCCGAUCGUCGGCCGACGAGCCGGCGUUCGGAUGAUCUUUCCGAGGAGAGCUCAUCCGGACGCUCUGCUCUGAGAGCAAUCCUUUUGAAUUUCUCUUCUUCUCUGUCUCUCUCUCUCUUUCUCUCUUCUUUUCGUCUCGAACGAAGCGUGGUACUCGGCGGCGCUCCUGAUCCGCACCGUAGACAGGAAAGCGUCGCGUAGGAAUCGCGGACAACGGGAAAUUAACAUACGUGUCGGUCGGUCGGCUGUACCAGCCAUGUGAUGCCGUGCCAUGUACAAUCCCCCCCUCUCCCCUCCCCCCCCCCUCCCACCAGCGGCGUUGGCGAAUGUUAAAUGUAAAAAGUAAUGUACAGAAGAAUAUAUAGCGAUAAGAGAAUCAUCAGCCCGCCUACAGUUUUGUACAGUACGUUUCGAAACGAUCGCCUCGUAUUCCCGCAAUGUAAUACACACGGGGGGCCCCUCAAGUUAUCGCGCCCCUCGGUCGUAGCAACGGCGAGUCUUUUUCUUUAGUGCUACCGAUUUUUAUGCCGCUUCGUAGAAUAUAUUGCAGACGUUGCAGCUAUCACCACAGUCGUUUCAAACUCCUGUGUACAUAUAUUCGUCUCUCUGGUCUUCUGAAAGCGUUUCAUUCGGGGAGUAUAUUGUAUAUGGUAGCAUCUCUCAAGACAAUUUAAAAGAGACUCUCUCGAUGUUAUUUGUUACUUUUACUUUAACUUAAUAAAAAGUAUAUAUAUGUGUA